AUCCAGCCCCCCUCCCAAAAAUGAGGAAGGGUGAGAGAGAGAGAGUGCGAGAGGGAGGAGGGGAGGAGGUAGCGGAAUUCCGUAACUCCGCCUCCGGCAGCAUACGGCUCGCAUUCCUUAUUCACAGCCUUCCAGAUGAGAAAGAGAAAGGGAGAGAGAGAGAGGGCAGGGGAGAAAGGGAAUAUAAUGACCAUGGCAUUGCAGCGAGCGCUUCACCCGUCUGUAACUAUACACCGCACACCUCUGACAACGGCGUCGGCACGGAUUACAGACAGGCAGACUGCGCGCUCGGUUUGUGGACAAAAUGAGCUCCGCUUUCCAGCCGGACGCCGGGCUUCGGGCUGCCUCCCUGGGCGUCGGUGACGCCGGUGCCUUUUCUGGCUUCUUAUUCUAGUCUCCGGGCUGACUGGCACCUAUAGCUCCCGGACGCUGCCUGCGCUGUGUAACGGUGUGGACUGGGAGGUGAGGGGGGGGCGCUUCGGGCCAACAUGUCUCAGCACGAGAAGCGAAAACGGAAAAAAACCGCCUGCUAAUUAACCGGGAUCCGGGAUGGUUUUAAUUGAGUUAUUCUUGUAUGGUUGCGUUUUGAAACCGUUUUAAAAAAUAUAUAUAUUUUAAUCCCUCGCUGCCUCGAUACGGACCUCUCGGUUGUGUACGUGGGGACGCCGUCCUGGCGUGAAAAACGAAAGUGUGGACGGAAGGCUGACUGACUGACUGCAGCUUUUACAUAUGUAAUUUUUAGUUGUUGUUGUUGUUGUUGUUGUUUAGUUAAAGUUUUAUCCCCCUAAAUUGGCAACUCCGCGUUUCACCUGACCCCGUUUUCUCCUUCACCCUCUUCUCUCCUGCAAAGUAAAUGCACUUUAGUUUUUUAACGUGCCUGUCAAAAACGGACGACAUCGUUUCCUAAAUUUGAAAAUCGACUCUUUUGUGUUCAAGUCGGGGGAACCGAUCGACUGGACACGGAUUCGGCGAUUCCCGCCCCCGACACACACAGAAGUGGGCUGCCAAGCAAGAGAGUCCAGAAAUACUAAUAAUAAUAAUAUAAAAAAAAAACUCUUUUAGCGUCGCUGUAGGUGUUUUGCUUCCUCUUUGAUACAGAACUGUGAAAAGACUUGACAGGUCGGGGCUUUUUUUGUUUUACCCCGGUCUCACAAUGGACGUUACCUGCCCCCCAAAUCGCAAGCUCUCCCGGUCGGGAGCAGAGCUCGCCGUGAAGGCGGCCGCCGUGCCCCGGAGAGCCAGCCUCCCCAGACCGCUACCUGCCGACCCGGGGGCCGAGGGCGCCUCGGCAGGGGCGGGCGAGCUCCGGAGGGUGCCCAGCGUGAAGAAGCACCACCACAAGCACAACCUGAAGCACCGCUACGAGCUGCUGGAGACCCUGGGGAGAGGCACCUACGGGAAGGUGAAGAAGGCCAUCGAGAGGGACUCCGGCCGAGAGGGCCUGCAGCCUCCGCCUGACUGCCGUUCAGCACUAAGGACAGAGUGUCUGCUCGGGGGGGCACGUCCCCCCGAGCCCGGCGGUUUCCCAGACGGGCCGCUCUGCCCGCGCCUGAUGCGCCCGCCCGUUUUCGUCGAUCCUGUGGGAGGGCCUUUGCCGUUGCGUUUUCUCUCCGUCGGCGGUCGUUUUCGGGGGCCCGUCCUCACCCUGCCGUGUCCCGCCGCCUCCCUUCCAGUGUUCGAGAACAAGGACAAGAUUGUGAUCGUGAUGGAGUACGCCAGCAAGGGCGAGCUGUACGACUACAUCAGCGAGCGGCGCCGGCUCAGCGAGAGGGAGACCCGCCACUUCUUCAGGCAGAUCGUCUCCGCCGUGCACUACUGCCACAAGAACGGCGUGGUGCACAGGGAUCUGAAACUGGAAAACGUGCUGCUGGACGAGAACGGUAACAUCAAGAUCGCGGACUUCGGACUCUCUAACCUGUACCACAAGGACCGGCUCCUGCAGACGUUCUGCGGCAGUCCCCUGUACGCCUCCCCCGAGAUCGUCAACGGCAGGCCCUACCGGGGCCCCGAGGUGGACAGCUGGGCUCUGGGCGUGUUGCUCUACACCCUGGUUUACGCCCGGGGGCUGAUCCGCUGGAUGCUGAUGGUGAACCCUGAGCGCCGUGCCACCGUGGAGGACAUUGCCAACCACUGGUGGGUCAACUGGGGCUGCAAGAGCAGCGUGUGCGACUGCGACGCCCAGCGGGAGGCUGGCUCUCCUCUCCUGGCAAGGUUCAUCGACUGGCAGCACCGCACCGAGCCCAGAGCAGGCAAACCUGCGCGGGCCGAGCCCGCGGCCCUAACCCGCCAGCGGUCCCUGCGCAAGUCCAAGAAGGAGAAUGAGGCAGGCGCGCCCCACGGUGAGGACAAGCUUGGCCUGAAGAGGCCCAAGGGAAUCUUAAAGACGAGGCCCACAGGAGAGCAGCGCUCGCGUAGCCUGGGGGAGCUGGAGGCCGUCAUCUCCCUCCAGGACCAAGACUCGGGGUCCAGCCCGGAGCGGGAGGAGGAGUCCGCGGGUGGGGGCUCUCCAGCCAAGAUGGCCCCCACCUUGCCUAAGAAGGGCAUCUUGAAGACAAGCCAGCAGCGGGAGUCUGGGUACUACUCCUCCCCGGAACGCAGUGAGUCUUCCGAGCUGCUAGGGGGCAGCAUGGUGUCUCCUCCCACCAGCUCCCCACCCAAGCGAGCAGCUGGCAGGAAGGGCAUUCUGAAGCGCAACGGGAAGUACUCCACCUUCAGUGCCCUGCCAGCCCUGGGUCCCGCUGGGGAGGCCUCCCCCGCGGACUCCGGACUGUCCCGCAGCCAGAGCCGCCCCUCCAGCGUGGUGAGCGAUGACUGCACCCUGUCCAGCGGCCCCUUCAACCUCCUGGACUGGCCGCAGGCACCGCAGCCCAGAAUCAGGGGCUGUGUCUCGGCCGAGAAUUUACUCCAGCUGGGGGACUUCCGAGGCCUCAAGGCUGCGCCGGACCUCCAUGGGGGCAAGUUCGGUCGGGGGGCCCAGGGGGCGCGGGGGUCUCUCGGGGACAAUGGCAGCUUCUCCCUGCUGGGCGACCUGGACGAUAUGACUCAGGUGUACCAACAGGCCCUGGAAAUAAGCAGCAACCUGACUUAGGGGGGCUCGGAGAAGGAGGGGCGGGGGGCUGGUGUGCGCGUGCGUCUACACGCCUGACGAACGGUGCGUUGCCGGGAUUCACGGAGUGCCGGGGUUCGGCCCUGGUGGAUGCAGUCUUUGAAGUCUCCUCUUGGGGGUUCAUCCAGGAAGACACGCCGCCUGAUGGGCAGCCUGAUAACAGCCCAAAGCUGAGGCUUUGAAUUGCGGGGAGCCCUGCCUCUCGGCAGCACCAGGAGCGCUGCGAUGUUUACGCCUUGGGCAAAGGCAAGUAAGCACAUCGACGAAACGAGGAAAGGUUGUGCUUUGCGUGCCAUAGUAAACUCUUCCAGUAAACCCCACUGAAGAGAGUCAGCCCGAGUUUACGAGAGCACCUUAAAACUGUUAGUUUGUUCUAACAAGUUUGUUAUUCCUUGCGAAAAUGAAUCAGGGUCACGUUUCUGGAACUAUUAACUGCAUUUAUUUAAUUUUUUAAAAAAAACAUGUGUAUAUCCUUAUAUUUAUUAUUAUUUUUAAAUUAGCAUAAUGCCAGUCCCAUUGGACAUAACUGGUUUAUUCAGCCAUUACUGGAAUAUCUCAGCACCCCGUAUCUCUUAUCCCUUAUGGAACAGACAUAUAUUAUAAAUAUAUAAUCCUACGAACUAUAGAGUUUGAAUUGUUGUAUUCAAUAUAUCAUUGUAUAUGAACAAUACAUAAUAUCUGUAGCCACAUAUAUCACUAUUAUCAUAUAUAUGUGCUAUGACAGUAUAAUUGUACUUUAUAUGAAAUAGGUACUUGAUGUGAAGCUCUGGCUCAGUGUAUAUACAUUUGUAUAUGUCUUUUCCCUAAGGGUGCGGAGCCGAUGAAAGAUUCCUGGUUUAUCCCUGCCCUCUGACUUUGCCACAUGCUGUUUCAUCUCCCCUGAGCUGUUAAGGAGCAAAGCUCCCUCCUCUUGCUUUCCAAGCAGAAAUCGAUGAUUUUCUCUGUCAGGUAGCAACAAAGGAGACUGUAAGCUUAAGGUUUCGUGCUUAUCAUUCCUGAGCCCUUGGCCCCCUAGUGUUGUAAUAUGAGUAGGUUUCUAUUCCCUUUGGGAUAAUUGCUUCCGAUGUCCGAGUCCGUUUGGCUCCUGACAUGUCUUUGAGUGGAGCCGCACUGAGGAGGAACCUGAGAAGUUCAGGCCGCUGUUUCAAACGGGUUUCUUCACUUGGGUCUGAUCCGAGAGACCUAUUUACAUCUGCGGGUGUCCCCUCAGACACUAGCACUUUGCACGCGUGCAGGCACAGGAGCUGGAAAAAUAACCAGGGAGGAAGUAUAUUUUCCCUUUCACUUCCGUCUGCAGUGGGCCAUUUCUGAUUAGCAGAGCUGGCGGCGUUGCAAACCUAAUGAUUUGGAGACAAAGUUGAAAAAAUGCCAAGUGGCUCUCCAGGCCCCCCUUCAGUAAACACCUUCUAAAAAUACAGUGUUUCCUUCUGGGCUUACAAAAAACACAAAGCGGUGUUUACAGAUCUGCGCAAUCUGACAUUCUGUGCAGAGUCGCUGUGUCAACACGGCUCAGAAAUCUCAAUUGAUUACCUUGUUGUUUGGAGACCCAGAUGGGUUUUUUCCAGCAAGGUAAAUUUACUCGGAUAAAGACAGCAGGCUUAGUGAUUCAGGGCUGGAAAGCAGGCCAGCGGCGUGUGUUGGAAAGAAUUUGCCCUUCACGGAGAGCUUGUGUGUAGGGCAGCGCUGUUUUUUCUCUGGAGCUGUUGUUUUACCAAAGGGCCGUCAUGUGAUCGAAUAUUUGCAGCCACGACCUUAAAAAAAAAAACAACCGGGGAGGUGGAUGAACAGGACGUUCUAGCUCAUAGACUUCGGGAGAGUUGUCAGAGCAGGGUUUGAGGUCGGGGAAGUGAAAUGCUGAUGGUGAUGGGACGCACUGGAUGUUCAAAGUGCAUCAGCCUGUGAUAUUUAUACUGGAUUUGUGUCAUGUGUACAGGAGACCAAGAUUGACUACCCUCCUCGGCACGUUCACCUGAAAUAAGAUUGGGGAGUCCAGGAUUAUUGUUAACUGGGAUCUGUGAAUCUUCUGGGUAGGGUUUCUAUGUGUCUGAGCUGCUGCCAAGGUGCCUGAGCCCCAAGAUGUGCAGCAGGACUCGGAGUGGUCGCAUCUUUAAAUUGUGUUGUACUGUUUUUCAGAAUUUAGUGGCUGUGUGCCAUAGCCAGCCUAGUGCUGGACCUGAAAAGAAGGGGGUUAUAGAGCAGUUAUAGAGAGGGAGAGCAAGUGAUGAGGACGUAAGGGGUGGUCAGAGUUAGUGAGUUAGGCGGUUGGCGAUUGUGACAAUAAACGACUUUUAGGAACCUUCUACUCUGGGUGAGUGGGGCACAGACAUUUCUUUACCAAAUAUGCGCGUUUUGCUUUUUAAGCUCCACCAAAAAAUGAUCUUCAGCUGUGAAAAGCAAAUGAUUAAUCUCUGGGAAGGCCCACGUGCUCCGAGCUUAUCGGACAGCAUACAUAACAUGGUGUACACCCGUUGACCAGGAGUGACCCAAGUUUAAGCACUGGUUUAAAAAACACCAGGAGUGUCUUUAAAGAUCAUGGAAAGAAAAAUCUAGGAACCUUCCUGAUGUCGGUGCAUUCUAUUUGAAAAAGCAGCACAUUGUUUUUAGUUGUCACAACUCCAGUUUUAGCGGCGCAACCUGCUGCUUUUCUUAAUUUUUUAAAUGUAAAGUGUUUUUGUGAUCGUUGUGCUGCCCACUUAAAUAAGGGGGCG